GACGACAGCGACAUGGAGGGGACACUCUCCAACAUCUCCCGGCAGGUGAUGAGGCCGCCAGGGUGCUCCGGCAAGGCCAAGCGAGGACACCUGUGUUUUGAUGCCUCCUUUGAGACAGGUAACCUUGGCCGGAUAGACUUUGCGGCCGAGUACGACUACGACCUGUUCAUACGACCUGACACCUGUAACCCGCGCUGCAGACUCUGGUUCAACUUCACCGUCGAUAAUGCCAAGGCUGACCAGCGUGCUAUCUUCAACUUGGUCAACAUACACAAGAGCCGUAACCUGUUCUGUGAAGGUCUCACUCCUCUCGUCCGCUCCACCUCCCGCCCCAGAUGGACGAGACUGCCGCCAGAGAACGUGUACUACUAUAGAUCAGAGGAGCACCGUGGUCACUACAUCCUCAGCUUUGCUAUGUGUUUCGACGUGGAGCAGGACGUGUACCAGUUCUCCCUGACCUACCCUUACUCCUACGCCCGCCUACAGGCCUUCCUCAGCCUGCACGACGAGAAGAACCUACCCUUCUACUGGAGACACACUUUGGCGUAUACUGUGAUGAAGCGGAGGUGUGACCUGCUCACCAUCACCAGCCCCGAGAACUACCGAGGCCCCGUGCAGGCCCUGGUGGAGGCUCGGGGGGCGGCGGUGGAGGCUGCUACUAAGGCGGCUACCUCCCUACCAACACCUCAGCGCCCCGACGAAGACGAGAACGAGGACGAGGACGAGGACGAGGACGAAGAUCACGUCCCCGUCCCACUGAGAACUCGUUUGCCCCGGCGUGUGGUGGUGGUGAUGGCCAGAGUACACGGCGGCGAGUCACCCACCUCCUUCAUCGUGCAGGGUAUGAUAGAACUGCUUCAGGGACAAGGUAGUGAAGCCAACACAAUCAGAGAACACAUUGUGUUUAUCAUCGUACCUAUGGUCAACCCCGACGGCGUCUAUAUCGGCAACUAUAGGUCUUCAUUAAUGGGAUUCGACCUGAACCGAGCGUGGGGUGAGGCGAGUCCGUGGGGCCACCCAACCAUCCACGCCGCCAGGGACCUCCUCUUACACCUUGACCACGCCCAGUGGUGUGAGUUGGACCUCGUACUCGACCUCCACGCCCACUCCUCCCUCCUCGGCACCUUCAUCUACGGUAACUCCUACGACGACGUCUACAGACACGAGCGCCACAUAGUGUUCCCGAAGAUGCUGAGUCAUGCCUGUGAGGACUACAACCACUACAACACCAUCUACAACAAGGACCCGGCCAAGGCUAACACCGCCCGCAGGUGGCUGUGUAAUAACCUGAAGGACUCAGCCAACGUGUACUCUAUCAACACUUCCAUCUACGGGUACAGGAACCAUCGUGGCCAGGUGGUUCCCUAUACUGAAGAGCUCUACCUACGUACCGGCAGUAACAUAGUGAGGGCUGUGUUGGACUAUUACCAGUUUUUGGGUCUGAUACCUUACACUAGCCCUUCAGCCCAGCCCUUACAUGACCUGCCCAGGGGUAAGGGUCCAGCCAGCCCUCCUCUACACACCCGUCACUCCCGCCUACACCUGUCUGUCCAGCAGGCAAGGCCACCACAGCGCUCCGUCAGAAGUAAGUGGUCCAACACCACCAAGAUGAAGAGCUCUCGAGCCCUGGCCGAGCCCCCGGAUGUAAAGGAGCCCGGCGGGAGUGAGGCAGCGGCCACGGAUACGGCACCUAGUGUCAGCUCUGACGAAGCUUCAUCCGUCAGCAGCGACAGUGAGGGCCUCAGCGAUACCAGCGGCCUUAUGGUCAGGAUCAAGCAGAAGGCCGCCUCUGCCGAUGAGGACGACGUGGGCUACACGCUGCGCUACGGCCACGACCGUACUGAGAGGAGCGUCCGUCUGCCAGGGGCGCGGCCACGAGACUCUGGUUCCAACGCGCUGGAGGGAAGACGACGGACGGGGCGCAACACACGACAGCCCAGGACGACGUACAUGACGCUGUUCCCCGGACAGCAGAUCCACCACCCGUCACGCUCUGACGACGACACACGUAGCCUGCCUGAUCUGCCGUCGCUGACGGCGUCACUGCCGACGCUGCGGACGACACACGAACGCCGCCAUCGCUCUACGUUUCCUGUGAUGGCCCCCCGGGCGCGGCCUACCACCCUGGUUUGGCAGGACCUACAACAGCCCCUCCAGCGCCGGGACAUCAAACUCUCCUACAGGUACUACGACUUCCGGCGUCUGACGCGGCCCCGCAAGAGGCGCCGCAAGAGGAAAACUAAGAGUCGCUCCCCCAGCCGCGCUCGCGCCCAGCGCCGGAGUAAAGCCAGUCACCACGCCCACCACAUUCCGGCGCCCUACGCCUACCACAAUUCGACUUCCCAUACUCACCACAAUCCUGCGUCCCACGUCCACCACAAUGCUGCGUUCCACGUCUACCACAAUCCUGCGUCCCACGUCCACCACAAUCCUGCAUCCCACGUCUACCACAAUCCUGUGUCCCACGCCCACCACAAUCCUGUGUCCCACGCCCACCACAAUCCUGUGUCCCACGCCCACCACAACCUCGCGCCUCCUGCCUCCUCCCCUGAGCGGGCGCGGCCCCGGCGGAUGGUGGCGGGUGGAGGUUUUAAUGUGACACGCAUGGCGACGCCGCCCCGCGGGGAGGCGGGGGCGAGGCUCCCCACCCCCCGGGGAAUAAGGAUGAUCGACGUUAAUCAAUUGACCAUCGGCGGGUACCGGGAGAACGUGGCCAUCCCCAGGUGGCAGGCCAGCCCCCGCCGCCCCCCCAUCACCCUCCCCACCUCACCCCCACUCCUCAGACGCUUCCUCGACCCCCACGCCCCCCUCUUCUGAGCCUCACCUCUCUACUUUAUAUCUCACGCUUCCAAAAUGUUUCAGCAUUGUACUCACUAGUCACACUCAUUAACCCUCAUCACUGCUCUCCUCUCUCAGGCGUCACCGUUGCUCAUAAUCAUCUCAGGGACCUUAUGAGUAAUAUACCUUUAUGAGUUAUAUCAUACCAAGACUCACAUCCCUCACCAGAUCUUCCUGUUCCAAUAUUUUUUGGCGAUAUUGUUAACGUGAUCGGAAAAUUACUUCUCAUUGGGACCGCUACCUUGCUGACGAUGGCGACCUGCUGGAGCGUCACGUCAGCAGGUAGGAGCAGCCUGACGGAGAGGUAACCUUCCCAACACCUACG